ACGUCACCGCCAGUGUGGUUUAGGUCGUCAUCGUGGGAGGAUGUCGGCGGUGAUCGUAUUUGCGGUCUUUCUUCUCAUCUGCACUAUCCUAAAAUUUCUGAAUGUGACCAGCCCUCCAAGACCUCCUCGGCUACUCUCCAGUGACUCUAAAUUCCUGGAACUAGUGCUCAAGUACUGCCCACACCUCAAUGAGACAUACGUGCCGGUACGCCUGUGGGGCAGCAGUGGGCACCUCCAGACCAUCGUGCACGCCACAGUGGGCCGCACCUAUUGCCCCCACGUGGUGCCCAGAAGGAUAGCGGCGCGGCAGGAGGACGGCGCCACUGUCACCUGGGACUUGUACGAACCGACAGGAGCGCCGCAGACUGAUGAAGACUACACUAUCGCCGUGUGCCCGGGGAUCGCCAACAGCAGCGAGAGCACCUACGUCAGAUCCCUUGUGUCCCUGGCGUGCUCCCGUGGCUACAGGUGCAUAGUGCUCAACCACCUGGGAGUCCUGCCCCACGUCAAGGUCACCAGUCCCAGGGUGUUCAGAUACGGUCAGUCUGAUGAGCUUCACCUGAUGCUAACUAAAUAUGUGGAAGCUCGGCCUGACACAAAGCUGAUACUGGUUGGCUUCAGCAUGGGAGGAAACAUUGUGUGCAAGUACCUCGGAGAGCCCAACCGCACUCGCCCUGGCAAUAUCAUGGGUGCCAUCUCCAUCUGCCAAGGCUACGAUGCCGUCAAAAGCCUUCAGUUCCUGCUGGAGUGGAACAAUCUGGCACGGCUCUACCUGUUCUCUAUGACUGAAAACAUGCGCUCCGUCAUCAUCCGGCACAAGGAGGCACUGCUCACCGAGGAGGUCAAACGGCGCUACAAUGUUGAUGAGCGGCGGGUGUUGUCUGCUGCCACUCUGCCUGAGCUGGAUGAGGUGUACACCAGACGCAUCUUUGGCUUCCGGAAUGUAGAGGAACUGUACCGCAAUGACAGCUCAGCCACCUACCUGGGCAAUGUCAAGGUGCCCAUUGUGUUCAUCAAUGCAAGAGAUGAUCCACUGGUGCACCCUGACAUGCUCAACAUCCCUCAGGCAUUUGUCCAGACAAACAAAAACUCCUUAUACAUCGAGACUGAGCAUGGUGGCCACCUUGGCUACUAUGAUGGAGGCUUCAUUGUGCCACGUGCCGUCACCUGGCUCGACCGUACCGUGGUCUCCCUCGUCACAGCGCUCGCCAACAACAACCAAUAGAAGCAUGUCUCUUGUGUGGGAAGUGGAUGGGUGUUCCAGGCUAGCUCCACUGAACCUUUCAUAUCCCUUCAUGUCUGUUCUCCCCAUUACUGAAAUUGUCACACCAAAUUUCUCACAGUUGCUACAGUUUUCAGAAUGAGCUUAGUCUAUCACCCUUCCAGCCAUUCCUGAGCUUAGCCAACCCUUCUUCCAUUUCUGUCCCUCUAUCGGCACUGGAGACAGCAAGACAACACGCAAGCACACAUCCCAGUUAUGUACGAUCCGUGUGGUUAUGCUGUGAUGGUAAGUUAAGUUCUGUGUUGAAGUGGUGCUUGGGAGGACGAUAGUAUAGUAUUUUAGAGUGUGGUGGAUUCCUUAUUGUGCCACACUUGUCUGUGCACUGGCUGAGUGAUCCCAAUAGAUAAUGUUAUUCAUGGUGACCAUUAGAAACAUGAAAAACGGAUGCAAGAUGGUUAUCACUCGGAUACUUGCUGCACUACUACUUCUGUCCUAUACUUCACUGGCAGGACAAGCAGCAGUAGGUGAAAGUUGCAUUAGAAUUGUGAAGUUGUGCUAUGACAAAUAUGCAUUCCUUUUUGCUAAGUUUACCAGACAGUGUGUCAAGUCAAGUGCAGGACUUUUGUGGCAAUAAUAAUUGCACACCCAUGUUCCAUAUUUCUCUUAUAAACAAAAAACAAAGAAUAGGUUAUUUUUGUAUAUGAUGUAGGGUUAUUGUAUGUAUAUCUAUAGUUUAGUGUUUGAUUCUUCUAAUGAACCUGUGGUCACCUGGUUAUCUGGGCACUGUAGGCUAAGGAAUUACCAAGCCAGGCUGCCUGAAGCCAUCAGGUUCAUCAUGAAGUGAGCCAAACUGUGCCAUCAGAAAAGAAAAAAAUAAGCAGUAGUAAUAGAAAACCUUUUAACAUGUUAUUCAGAUCUGUGAGGGAAGAAAGCAAUAUAACCAGAAAUUUAUCUCACAGUCAUCCCUUAUGUUCAUUGGUUAUAGAGUGUAAGUGGUCACUCACAAUAUAAAAAAAAAAUUACUCUUCAGAAAGUGUGACAAGGAAAACCAGAUAAUCAAAUGAUCACAUGUUGAGGAAGCACUCCUCGCCACUACCACAACAUUGUAUGCAUGCUCAAACAAUGACAAUAGUGAGGCAGUCAUGAGGCUGCCUUGGAGGAAGCACAAACCAGCAUUGAUAAAAUAAUGUGAGUCUUGGUGUCCCUCAAGGAGAGGCUAGAAAAGACAUCUUAUGAAAGAUGAAAACUGAAAAAAAAGUCUUGCUAAAAAAUAAAUAAAUAAUGCACCUAUAUGGUAGCACAAAAUAAUUGUCUGUGCUAUUUGUAGCUGCUGACACACACACACACACACACACACACACACACACACACACACACACACACACACACACACACACACACACACACACACACACACACACA